AUGGCAAACAAUAUUGACAAACAGGAGAUAGACCGUGUGCUGCAGCAGAGGCGAAAACAGCGCGAAUCUAGAGCCUGCUACCCCUGCCGCCAACGCAAAGUCAAAUGCGACGGCACGCAGCCAUGUCGGACAUGUCGGAGACGAGGACAUCCGGAAAUCUGUGCGUAUGGUGUGUCUCAUUCACGGAAUAGGUCUGCGUCUGCUGGGACUGAGCACCCGGCAGGUGAAGUUGGUCUGAACUUAACUUGGAGACCGGAGGCUGUGCCAGGAUUGAGAUCGCAGGAAUCUUUGCCAAGUCCUCGAGAUCAGAAUCAAGGACAGGCGCAGGUUCGAGUUCAGUCACAAGAGAAUCGACCCAAUAUCGCAGAUGGAGGUGAAAAGGAGUAUAUCUUCUCCGGGGAUAACUCCGUCGUCUCUAUCCUUCGCCAGCGCACGCAGGACGCCAAUGGUACCAUGGCCCGAGAGGUCGGAUCGGUGCUUGGCUUGCAGAAUACGUACAACAGUUAUCCUUUUAUGGACUCGAAGACGCCGCAGGAACGGUGGUCCUCGUUAUUGCAAAUUUUGCCUCAGCGGAAAGAGGUUCUAAAAUUCUUCCAUUUCUACCGUUUAUGUGCAUAUCCAUUUAAUCCUAUCUUGGUGGACGUGGAUCGCUUCGAAUCGGAUCUCUGCUCGUAUCUUAAUGCUCACGCUGCAGGGGAGUUCCGGGAUCCCAAUCGCAUCUCUGAGCGCUGGUCAGCAGGCAGGUCUGUUGGCCACAUCAGUCUACUGCUGGCUACGUUGUCGGCUGGCGCACACUACUCUGACCUGGAGGAUCCACGGCGCUCCGAAGCGUGUCAGGAGCUAGCCCGUCGAUCAUUCCACGCUCUGCGCUUAGCCAACUUUCUCUUUCGUCCAUCGUUGGAUACCAUUCAAGCCCUGCUGAUAUUGGGAAAUACGCUACAAAACAAUGGCCAGUCAGAUGCUGCUUGGGCAUUGCUGGGGACGACGGUUCGGCUGGCACAAACCUUGGGAUUGCAUACGAGUAAGAGCAUGGCGCAUUUGCCUGAAUAUGUUCAAUCUAGGGCUAAAUCGUUAUGGCUUGCGAUUGUUUGGCAGGAUAGUCUGCUCUGUCUCUGUUACGACCGACCACCUAUCGUUACCGUCUCCGGCUGGCCGACUGACACCUCCAUAUUCUCUCAUCCGAAUCUAUCAUACACCGAAAUUAUGCACUACGUCUGUCGAAUGGCUCUGGACAUUACCAAGUCAGACGAAACAGAAAUGCAGGAAACCAGCAGGUCACUUGAUGCGUUAGCAACAUUGGACAACGUCUAUAGCCGGGCAGAACCGCAUUUAUGCUCGCGCGAGCACUGCAGGACCUUCCAUCAGAACCUCGAGCAUCUGGCAUUGAAGAUGCAUCUAUGCUUCGGAGUUUCAGUCCUUUGCCGACCAGCUAUCAAACGGACCCAGUCACGGGAUGUAUUUUAUGGACACGAGCUCCUCCGCACGCGUGCCAAAGCUAGCCUACUAGAGGCUUCCAAGGCUUUUCUCGACUUUCAAGCAUUGAGUAUUGUCCCUCUCCGCACAUGGUCGAUGGUGCACACGGUAUUAAGCUCGACGCUGUUACUGUGCAUCUGGGAAGAAACGCGACACGACCCAGAAUGUCGGGAUCUACAACAGAGGGUGAUAGAGGUGUUCUCAGCUACUGAGUCAGCUAGUGGUGACUCGGGAUCAGAGUCCGAUAACGCACAAUGGCUCUCGGAGCAACACAUUCGGGCAUUGGUUACCCUACGUAAUGCGGUGGGGAGUGCUUUGGAUCAGCAGACGGAGCAGACAAUGCCGCAUGGCACCGAGACCGCACCGGAUGCAAACAACUUCUUCCCUGGUUUUGGUAUGCCAAACGCCUUUCCCGACGGACUGGACAUAUCAGACGUUUCCCCUGUCACGUACAUCGAUUCGAUCAUGAACGUCCCACUUUUUGAUAUCUCGCAGGAGAACCAGUUCCUGUAA